UCGUGAACGGUGAGCACAUUUGUUUUGAAAAAGGGUCAGUGUGUAAUUCCAUAUAAACAUGUUGAACGUGCUCGUGAAAAUGUGUGCGUGACGUCACGUACUGACUGUCACGAGAAGUGGAAUUUACCGAUGGCCUUGGUGUCAAAUGAAUGAGAAAGUUGAAGCUGUUUAUUCUCAACGGAACAGGCUUUGAUCACAAAGCUCUGAGAUGGAGAAGAUGACUAAGGUCAGCACCAUCAGUGGUCGCACCAUGUUUUGCCACCUGGAUGCACCAGCCAAUGCCAUAAGUGUGUGUCGGGAUGCUACACAGGUUGUGAUUGCCGGGCGAAACAUUUUCAAGAUAUACGGUCUGGAGGAAGAAGGUUUCGUGGAGCGUCUGAACCUGCGUGUGGGCCGGAAACCUUCACUGAACUUCAGCUGUGCAGACGUCAUGUGGCAUCAAAUGGAGGAGAAUUUGCUCGCCACUGCAGCCACCAAUGGAGCCGUGGUCACGUGGAACCUGGCGCGACCCUGCCGCAAUAAGCAGGAGCAGCUGUUUACGGAACACAAGCGCACAGUAAACAAAGUCUGUUUUCAUCCCACAGAGGUGCACAUGCUGCUGUCUGGAUCUCAGGAUGGAUUCAUGAAGUGUUUUGACCUGCGAAAGAAAGAGAGCGUCAGCACGUUUUCAGGUCAGUCAGAGAGUGUACGGGAUGUGCAGUUCAGUAUGAAGGAUUAUUUCACAUUUGCGGCCUCGUUCGAGAAUGGAAACGUGCAGCUGUGGGACAUCCGCAGACCCGACCGUUACGAGAGAAUGUUUACCGCACACACAGGGCCGGUUUUCUGCUGUGACUGGCACCCUGAGGACAGGGGUUGGCUUGCAACAGGUGGGCGGGACAAGAUGGUAAAAGUCUGGGACAUGUCGACCAAUCGGGUGAAGGAAAUCUACUGCGUUCAGACCAUUGCAUCGGUGGCAAGAGUAAAGUGGCGUCCAGAGCGCCGCUAUCACCUUGCGACCUGCUCAAUGAUGGUGGAUCACAACAUCUACGUGUGGGACGUCCGUCGGCCGUUCAUUCCUUUUGCUACGUUUGAGGAGCACAAAGACGUUACCACUGGAAUCGUGUGGCGGCACCAGCACGACCCCUACUUCCUGUUGUCAGGGUCAAAGGACAGCACACUGUACCAGCACAUGUUUAAAGACGCCAGCAGGCCUGUCGACCGUGCCAAUCCUGAGGGGCUCUGUUUCGGACUGUUUGGUGACCUGGCAUUUGCCGCUAAAGAAAGUCUAAUGACGGCUCCUCCAUCUGUAGGUGAUGUGGGGCGUAAACCCUACCCGGGCGGCGAUCGUCGAUACCCCAUCUUCUUCUUUAAGAAACCGGACGUGACGGAGCAGUUUGCGCAGGUGUCCAGCGCUCUCAAUGUGUUUGAGAGUGAAGCGGGCAGCAGUGUUGGCAUGGACUGGUUUAUUAAUACUGCGCAAAGUUACCUGCUGAGCGGAAAACCAUUCGCUGAACUCUGUGAGCACAACGCUCAAGUCGCUAAGAAGCUCAAAAGACCUCAGGAAUCAACCACAUGGACUAUGCUGCGAAUCAUGUUUUCAGAGCCAGCUAAUCCAUCCUUGUCAACCAAUCACAAUCUGAAUAAAUCAGGGAAUCUCCCCCUCGUUAACAGCUUCAGUAUGAAGGAGAUGAGUGCUGCUCUCAAUGAGAGAAACAAAGAAAACAGACAAGAUAACUUACACAACCUGGAGACCAACCUCAACAACAAUGAUGAGAAUGAGGAGACAGAGGGCAGUGAAGGUCAGGCCGAGUAUCUGUUUGGAGAUGCUGAGCUGGAUGAUGAUGAUCUGUACAGUAUUGAACACGACAACCAGGCAGCAGAGGAGCCUGAGUAUCUGCUGCCUCAGGAAGCGUUCCCGCUACGUCAUGAGAUCAUGGACCACCCCUCGGCCCCGGAGCCGGUGCAGGAGAAGCCGGAGUCUCCGCACGUGAGCGCAAGCGAGGCGGAGAGCAUGUGUUUGACCCCUAUGGAGUCGUUCAGUCUCAUCUCUGUCUCACAGCUUCUCUUCUCCCCGCACCUGCCCCCUCAGUUCUUCUGCCCCAUCGUUAAGGAAAUGCUGUGUUACUAUGCAGAGCAGGGCGACGUGCAGAUGGCUGUGUCUGUGCUCAUCGUGCUGGGCGACCGCAUCCGAAAGGAGAUCGACGAGCUCACACAGGAACAUUGGUAUAUGUCCUACAUUGACCUGCUGCAGCGGUUCGAGCUGUGGAACGUCAGUAAUGAGGUGAUCAAACUGAGCACGUGCGGCGCGAUUAUGUGUCUGAAUCAAACGUCCACCACCCUACACAUCAACUGCAGCAACUGCAAACGACCAAUGAACAACAAGGGCUGGAUUUGCGACAGGUGCCAUCAGUGUGCGAGUGUUUGUGCGGUGUGUCAUCAUGUUGUCAAGGGGUUGUUUGUGUGGUGUCAGGGCUGCAGUCAUGGAGGACACCUGGAGCACAUGAUGGAGUGGCUGAAACAGUCGAAACACUGUCCGGCAGGCUGCGGACACCUUUGUGAAUACACCUGACACCCAAACAACCCUUCAAUGGGCAUUCAAAGACAAACAAUCCAUCACGCUGCUACUUACGGAGGGAAAACUAUUUGAAAUAAUGUUCUGAUGAUAAUCAAAGAUAAUCUAUAAUCUAUAAUAAGAUAAUCUAUACACACAUGAAUGUGUGCUAACAACAAUCAACCACAGUUUUUUUUUUUUUUUUUUUUACAUUUUAGAGGUUAUUUGUUUUAUAAAUGGAACAUAAUGUGCAUAAGAAAAUGAUAUUCUAUGUUGCUAAGAUAAACUUAUCUUUGGGAGUCGUUCACCUCGAAAAAUAAAUCUUAUACUCUGUAAAAUCUUUAUUGUAAAUGAUUGUUGAAAUCAGAAAAACUUUGGCAAUUAAGCCCAAUCUUUGCUAGUCACCUGUGCUAGCUUGUAUAAUGAUCUCACUCAAAAAGUCAUUUUCUUUGGCAGAAUUUUAUCUGAAGUAUUCAAUCAAAUAUUGAAUAAGAUUACACUCGUAGAUAUUGGAGCAGCAACUUCCUUUCUGUGUUGUAAAAAUUGGACGCUAAUACAAUGGCCCCGAAAAGUAUUUGUACACGUAAGCCACAAUUAAAAGUCUCUGAAUGUACGUGCACGAUCUUACACCAUUGCUCAAGCCAACAAUGAGUCCGUUUACAUCAAUAUGUUGAUUACUCUCUAAAAUAAGUUUAUUUAUAAAUUCGGACAAGGCAAGAAUUUUGCAUCUGUGACAUUUGAAAUAAUCGCAUUAUUCUUGUUUUUGAUGUCAAACCGAUUAGCCACAUUGGAUGAGCCAGUAAGAACACCUGGUAAGGUGUUUACAUGCCACGCAAAAUUGGCGUAGUGGGCAAAAAUCUACCCGUGUUGAUCUUGUUAUUCAUAAGCUGUUUAUGACCUUUUACAUCGAUAAAGGAACGCUGUUUAUUGCGUUUACAUGACCGCAUGCGUUACCAGCUUAUUAGGCAUAAUCGGUGUAAGAACAUGCAUGUAAACGCGCUCAACGUUUACAUGCAGGCCACUAUGCUUAUACCUCCAAAAAGUCUGACAAAACAAGAAAUCAGCACUUACAUGACUUUGAAAUAAUCACGUUAUUCUCUGUUUUUGACAUCAAGCUGUGAAGACAUUUAUUUGGCAGACACUUUUAUCCAAAGCAACUUACAAAUGAGAAAUAAUACGUCAUUCUGAAGAGGCGUGUGCACAUAUUAUAAGUCGGUAAGAACGCCGGUAAAAGUGUUUACAUGCAGCACAAAUCGGAGUAAUAAGCAAAAAUCUUCCGUGUUGAUAGAUUUAUUCUUAAGCUGUUUAUGACCUAACUCCGAUAAAGUAACACCGUUUAUUGUGUUUACAUGACCACAUGCAUUUGUCGGUUUAUUAAGCAAAAUCUGUGUAAGAACGAGCAUGUAAACAACUUAAACGGUUUCCCCCUAAUCAGGGUAAAGUCAUAAACGGUUUAAGCAUAAACUGUAUCAGGUGGGCUUUUGCACUCAUUGAGUGUGUUUACAUGCACACCAAUACACUGAUAACUCCCAAAAGUCGGCUUGUUUAAAAAUCCGACAACGUUACACCCUGGAGUCACGAGUGCGAAUCCAAGGUGUGCUGAGUGACUCCAGACAGGUCUCCUGAGCAACCAAAUUGGCCCAGUUGCUAGAGAGGGUAGAGUCACAUGGGGUAACCUCCUCGUGGUCGCGAGUAGUGGCUCUCGUUCUCAAUGGGGCGUGUGGUAAGUUGUGCAUGGAUUGUGGAGAGUAGCAUGAGUCUCCACAUGCUGUGGGUCUCCGGUGUCAUAGCAAGCAAUUUGUCAUAAAAAGAUGAUUUGGAGUUAGCUCUCGCCAGUCGCAGGGUUUCAGCGACUGACAAGAGGGAAGUCUCUAUUGAGCGUUCAUAUUUGAAGCCAGACUGUUGUCUGUCGAGGAGGUUGAAUACGACCCUCUCAAGAGUUUUAGUAACUGUAUUCCACUACAGUUACAAUUUAAAUUGUUAGUAGUCAGAAUACAGUUACAUUAAAGUAUUUUGAUUCCUAAAGAGAUUACUUUGCAUUUUAAUGCAAUUUGUUUUAUUUAAUUUAGUCUAUUCAUUUUGAAUACAUUUAUACAUAUAAAUGAUGCAAUCCGAGGAGCUUUAGAACAGCUGUGAAACACUUUAUGAUUUGUUUCAUUUAUUCAAGUUCACACAGUUGUGAGUGAAAAGGUGGUUAUGACAUCAUUGAGGAACUUAAUAGAGGAGCUACAUUGUGUGUCUACAGCUUAACAAAAACAGUUAGAAAUGCUUUGACAGAUGAAACAUAAAUCCAAUAAAUACACGACUACAUGCCUUAGGUCAGGGUAUUUUUACAAGAAAUGCUAACCAAUGUAGCCUUUAACAUCGAAUAGAAAGAUACAAUGUAUGAUAUAUUUUCUGCCUCGUUUCAAACAGAAUCCACAUACGAUCAUAAAGGAUGUCGUUGUUUUCACUCAGGUUUUGAAAUUUGGAGCAGCAGAAAUAGUAACCCUUGUGUAAACUGUCAUGUAACAGUUAGCUUUAUGCUAAGCUAAAAUGCUAUUUUUUGCCUUUACAUGCAUCUGUUACCAGGUUUGAGUACAUGAUAUAAUGAAAUCUCUUAAUAAAAUUCACUUUGGAGCAUAACUAUAGUUUCUCUAGUAAGACCUUUGAUAUUAAAGCAAAGCUAUACUGCAAAAAUAUUAUUCUUAAUGAGAAUUUAAAUAAUGUUUUUUUUUU